GGCAAACAAAACUGAGAAAAAAGUUGCAUCGAGCAGCUGCUGUUUCUUCUUUUCGUUCUUCCUUCUUCUGAGUUUGUUGCUAAAACAUGCAGAAAAUGGCGUCACUCAGAUCACUGCUCCGAUUACUCUCCUCCAGAUCUCGCUGUCUCGCCGCUUCCACCAACCAACACCACCACAAGCUUCCUCCUCGCCACCUCAACCGUUUUCUGCGUCCAGCCCUUUUCAGCCUCUCUCCCUCUCGCAACCCUAAUCGCAUCUCUCAAGAAUUUUGUGCUCCUCUCUCAAUGGGCUUGGGAAGCUUGCGAUUCUAUAGCGAAGAUGUGUCCCACACGCCUAACAUUAAAGACCCUCAGCUUCACAAUCUCUUGAAGGAUUUGAUGGCUGUAAGUUGGAGUGAUCUUCCGGAUUCUGUCAUUGAAGAUGCGAAGGCAGCUUUAUCCAAAGAUACAGAUGACAAAGCUGGCAAGGAUACUGUGACUAACGUGUUUCGGGCAGCUGAAGCUGUUGAGGAGUUUGGUGGGAUCCUAACUACCUUAAAAAUGGAACUGGAUGACAGUGUUGGAAUGAGUGGCGAGGAUGUAAAGCCUUUGCCAGAGCAUAUGAAAAAUGCUCUCAUUACCAUUUUCAAUCGCUACUCAACCUAUUUGGAUUCCUUCGGGCCUGAUGAGACCUAUCUGCGGAAAAAGGUGGAGGCCGAGUUGGGCACAAAGAUGAUACACUUAAAAAUGAGGUGCAGUGGCCUUGGUUCAGAGUGGGGAAAGGUAACUGUUCUUGGAACCUCUGGACUUGCAGGUUCCUAUGUUGAGCAAAGAGCAUAGAAAGACAUUUCAGAAUCAAUGUCAUAGUUGUUUUUGUGUUGCAAAUAUCAUGCUUCAGAUGCCCGUACACCCUUUAAUGUGUGUUUUCUCCUAAUAUUUUUGUUCUAAACGGAUUGAUGCUAUGGAAAAUAAGAGGGCUUACUUUUUGUUAA